AGAGUAGAAUUCAAGAAACAAAAAUAUUCCUUUACGUCCAAUAUUCUAUUAUAAUUCAAUCAUCCCCACUCCAUGAUUUUCUCUUAAUCUAUACAUGUUUGCUUCACCCUUUUCCUAAUAGCCUCUUAAGAGGACAACCAACUUAACCCUUAUCAUAACUUCAUCAAGCCAUGAUUUUUUAUAAACCAUUUUUCACCUGCCUCUUCAUUUCUUCACAACCAUGGAAGAUCGGAACGCGCUCGUCGCGGAUUGUAUUGUUAUAUCAUGUUGCUGCCAAUGCUUGGUGUUGAAGGUCAUAGUCUUCUUAUUUCUUAACCUUCCUUGCAAACUUGUUAAAAAGAGUAUAAAAUUUGCAAAGGAGAAAUUUAGAAAGAAAGCAUCGAAUACGGGGAUAGAAUUAGCGACGAAGGGAGGAAAUGGCGACGAGCAUUUCGAAACUUGUGAUGGGAGCUUCAGAAUUAUUAUAGAAGAGUUUGAUGAUUGUGGAAAAUGCAUGGGAGAUAUUGAAGGGGUUUUAGAGGAAUUGUCCAAAAAGGGAGAGUUUGCAUUUGGAAGCUUUUGGGGUAGGGAUGGAAUGGAAAAUGGUGUGGUCGCUAAACAAGAAUUUGAUGUAAGCCUUGUACAGUUUGAAUUAGUUGAAUUAGUUCAUUCUUUUGGUCACUCAAAUUGAUCUUUGGCGGCCAAUUAUGCAAUUAGUUAUAUAUGUUGUUAACUUUAGUGACGAAAUUUAGUUUCAUUUGAUGA